AUGUAUGCUCGAAGCUUUCGUCGGUUACUAAGCUUUGUUCUAUACUUUCUUCUGCUGGGAUGUUUAGUCAAGCCAAGAGAAAGUGUGACUAAUCGCCAAAGAAUCAUAACUAAGAAGGAAGACAAAUUUCCAUGGGGAAGUUUACGACUUCCACAGACUUUAUUUCCUAUAAAAUACAACAUAACAUUAGACACGGACUUAAAAACAUUCCACGUAAAGGGAAACGUUGGUAUACUCAUCAAAUGUGCUAAGCCAACAGCAAAUAUUAUUCUUCAUUUAAAAGACAUGAACGUCGUAAAGACAGCAGUCGUUGAAAAGAAACAAGAGGAUGUAGCUGCUUCCGUCGACGUGCAGGACGUUCACGAGGACGACGAAUUGAAUCAAAGGAGUGAGAAAAGACAACAAGAUACAGAAUUGCAUGUCCUAGGAACAAUGAGUAAUAAGACUCUUGCAAUGUUUCUCAUUAGAGUAAACGAGGAACUCGUCUCAGGAAAAACUUACGUGAUUUACAUUGAAUUUAACUAUCCCCUGACGGAUAAACUUGUAGGGUUUUAUAGAAGUUCUUACACUGCAAAGAAUGGAGAAAAAAGGUGAGUGAAACGUCGGUUGCGUAUCUUAUAAAUAGACAACACCAAUAAUAAGAACUAUGCAUAACAACAGUCUUGUUAAUGAGGAAAAAGCAGAAAAAGAUGAGGUUAGAAGGGACCAAAAUAUAUCGGCUUCUUUUAGCAAUUAAUUUUGGAAAUUUCAAUAAGAAAAAGAAAUUUUACUUCAUGUUUUCAUCAAGAGAGCAAUUGCACGUCAAUUUUUAUCUUAAAUUUUCCCCUUUUAGGACACAUUUCUUUGCUGAAAUACGGUUGCCUCGCGAAUUUCUGCUCUGAGAAAAUGGAAUCAGCUGAUAAAACUGCAACUCGUCUCUCUUAAUGCAUAAUUCAAACACUAUGCCUAACGUUUUUAUAUAUAAGGUUUGGUUUUGAUGAAACUGUUACAGUGGUGCUAUGUCGAUGAGGGCGGGAGAAAAAAAAAAUUCAUCAACUGAGUCAGUAUAGUAGUACAACAGACGUAAUUUUUUCAUCCCAGCAGACAAGGAGGCUGUACAAUUAAAAAAAUAUAUAUUAACCUUAAAAGAAUUAACGUUUUUGAAAUGAAGUAAUUUUUAAAAAUUAUCAUGGACGGAGCACAGAAAAAAUAAGCCAAUUAGGGAGGAACUUGCCUCAAGGUGGAAGAUCAAUGGUUAAAGAACUUUUAAAAAGAAACAAACAAGCUAAAGUAUUUUGGCCAUUUGAAAAGAAAUGAGGGCUUGGGAAAUAUCAUGUUGACGGGAAAGGGAGAGCAAAAGGGACAUAUGGGAUGUUUUGACAUAUCACAAUCAGAAGUUGGAAGAUUGGCCCAGUGAUAGAGAUCGUUUUCACUGCACCGUCAAAGUGCGACGUCCAGUAGGAUAAGCGGUUGGAAUAGUAGCAGCCGACGCGCUGAUCACUUUUAAACGAAGAACGCAAAAUACUUUUUUUUGUUCUACACCAGUCACAAUGUAAUCAUUCAUGACUAAACGAGGUAGUAUUUUUUUAUUUUAGGUACUUUGCUGCUUCUUAUUUUGAGCCCACAAACGCCCGCUUGGCUUUUCCCUGCUUUGACGAGCCAGCAAUGAAGGCCACGUUUACUGUGACAAUAAUUAGACAGGGAGAACACAAAGCUCUUUCUAAUAUGCCUAUAGAAAACACGGUGAGUACUUAACGAUGUAUCUUAUACAUAUGAUAGUUCCAAAGUUCGUCAAUAUUUGUUGUCUGCAACUCAAUUGUGAGAGCAGUAACCACAGAAAAAUUCUUAUGAAGGACUGACGUCUGUUGCUUGCUUAAUUAUUUCCCGGAAUAUUUAAUCACCGCCGAACUAAAUAUAUGGAACAAAAUUUAAACGUACUCAAUGGGACUUAAUUCAUGGAUUGAGUUAGGAUUAGGUUCGGCAAUCGAACAUAAUUGAACUCACAUAAAUAUCGCUAAAUAAAACACAGUCGAACGUUCGAAUUCCGAACUCAAUUGAUUGGUAAAAUGAAGCAUCUGUUCAUUAAUUAAGGAGCUCAGGGCUUUCUUGGUAAAUUGAUGUUCGCAAAGAAAUUAAUUGUAAAUGACAAAAUCGAUGCUUCCUUUCUAAAAAAUUCGUCUACCAAGUAUCAAACGUUCAGGCAAAAACAGAUAAACUUUGAUGCGGUUCAAUUUUCUUUAAGUUUGUCCAUUUUUUUAAAUUGAAAUAUGUACCAGGGUUUUAGGAUUUUGUUGAGUCAAUGUGAUGCGUAGAUGAAAAUUUCUUUCCCUGGAUUGAUAUUUGCGCAAUACAAAUCAAGAAAUAAUAUUUCAUUAUUAUUCCAUCCGUUCCUCUUUUUGUAUUUGCAGUGUUAUUAAUACCCUCGUUUACUGUUAUGAGCUGUUAUUUUUUAUGUUUCAGUCAAUUGGAUGGCAACUCUCACUUUUUAAUGAAUUUCGAUAAAUUUCGUGACGCAGCUCCUUUAAGGGGAGUUUAACUUUAAAGGACUCAUACGUAUUCCGACGCCUGCCGCUGCAUUUGCAAGGGAACAUGGCUUUAGAUAUGUUUGCAAGCUUGAAUUGUUUUGGAAAAGGUUAUCAAGAAUGCUUUUUGUUGUGAAAAUGAAAGAACAGUUCUAUGUUCUGAAAAAGAUAGCAUCAACUCAUUGCGAUUUGUCAGGGUUCUCUCAUCCGAGUUGUAAGUGAAAUAUGUUUUUUUUUUCGUCAGGGAUGCACGAGCUAUCAUUCAUAAUUUUUACGGGUGCUCAGUUGCCAAGGCUAGGAUUUUUAUGGAGCCGAACCAAAUUGUAGAAUUGAACGAAUUUUAAGUACAAUGCUAAUGGCAGUUACCACACUUAAAGCUAUUUGGUGAAGUAACUGUUAUCUUCGAAUAAUAGGAAUAAAUCUGAGGUACCCGGAUUCUGGAAUCCGGGAAAUUGUUGUUUGUAAAAUCCGAAAUCCGAAAAAUGUCCCCACUGCUUGUGGAACCUAGAAUCCUAGUUUUGGAAUCCGGAAUUCAGCUCAAGGAAUCCAGAGUCCCGCUACUGAUUGCAAUCUGGAAUCCAAGAUCUACUGACAAGGAAUCCGAAAACCAGCAUCGGGCUGUGAAUCGGGAAUCCACAGGGUGGAACCAAGAACCCAAGACUGGCUUGAUUACUUUACAUACUGGGCGAUCUGGUUGCUUCUCGUUAAAAUUUACUUACUUUCCCUCGGUAUCAGUUCAUAGAUAUUGAUAUUGAAAUCUGAUAUCUAUCUUAAGUCCAACCCGCAACCAGGACUUUAAGCUUGCCAUCACAAGUUGCAGUAAUUUGUUUUCCCUCCUUUUUCCAGGUUAAGGUUGGAAAAAAUUUAUACGCUGAUCAUUUCGAAGAGUCAGUUAGGAUGAGUACUUAUUUAGUGGCAUUUCUGGUGAGCGACUUCAAGUCCAUAGAAACUAACACAGGCAGUGGCACCAAGGUAUGUUAAACUCAAACAUGACUUGAACCAGAAAAUAUUCAGUUUUGAAAUGAUUUUGGUCAAAAUAUACCUUUGCCUACACUAAAUAUAAUUAUAAAACUCCAUUAAGGCCUACAAACGCGCCAACAGCAACACAGUAUUUAUUUAUUUAUUUAAUCGCUUUCACCAUAUGGUGCGGAACACACAACAGAGCGGGGCUUCAAUUUAAGUGUGUCGUUACAGAUAACCCACCCAGCCCAGGAGAGGUUGACCACACCACCGGGGUGUACGUUCCCUAGUCUUUUCGAACAGUGGUGUUGGUUCUAUUACGUCCCACACGAACAAAUCAGUGAAAAUGCUGUGAGACGGCACCUACGGUUUUCCGUCCUUAUCCGAGAAGACAAGAAAGUUUAAUCGUUAACGUUUAUACAGAUGUCAUUGCAAAGGCAGCACUUUCUCCUUAGUUAUCCUAAGAGCCUGAGUGUUGGUCCGGCCGGGGUUUGAACCUACGACCUCCCGCUUAGCAGACCGGCUCUCUCCCAACUGAGCUGACUGGCGGCGUAUUUAUUGAAUAUAUAGUUGAUAGUGGCCGAGACUUUCUUUAAUCUGGUGGAAAGAAAUGCAGUCUAAUCCUCUCCUGAUAUCACAUGCUAGAGUUUUGGAUUCUUCAUAUUUUAUGUCAAAAUACCAAUCGAGAUAAACGUUUACCCCUAACGUGGAAGGAUGAGAAUUUCUUUGCCAUUCUGCCAUGCGCAUGCAAUAUGUUUUAUCUUUCUAUCACCCGAUUUUUUACUAUCCCCUGACAAAUAUGGCCUUUUGUUUUGCCAUUUAAAAUUGUUCUUACCGUGUUCAGUUUGGUUUCACAAGGGGGACAAUGAACGACAUUUUUGUAACUUUUAUUUGCUUCUUAUUUUCUUAGGUGCGUUUGUGGGCUCCUCCGUCGCAGAUCUCACAGGGUGCUUACGCGUUGGACAUUGCUGCAAAGACUCUCUCAAAUUAUGAGAAAUUCUUCAAGAUAAAGUAUCCUCUUCCAAAGCAAGGCUAGUAAACAUGUUAAUAAUAAUAAUAAUAAUAAUAAUAAAAAUAAUAAUGAUAAUAAUAAUAUAUAGAUUUAGCGAGGGCUAAAAGCGAAGCUCUCGAUGAUAAUUAUGGUUGAAAUCAUGUAAAGCUAAGCCCGCGAAGGCAACGCCGGAGAACGGUGAAAAACAACAAUUGGUAUAAUAAGCAAAAAAGCAACUUUGCACAUGCAGCACACUUUUUUUGUACAUUUCUUUGCCGUUGCUUUUCAGACUACAACGUGAAACUUCAGAAACUUCUUAGUUACACGUUUUUUUGAGAAAAUGUCGUGCGUGUUCUCUCACCUUGCAUUGGUGGCCGCUAGCAUUUUUCAUUUUGUCACCGCUGCUACAAAAUUUUCAUGUUGUAUUUCCAACAAAAAAAGUCUCCCUUGUUUUUUUUUAAUCUCUCGCUCUAAAUCUUUGUCGCCCUUUUUCUCGUUGAGCUUCGCUGUCCUUCCGCCUACUUCCUCUUUUUAUCAGUCGUGUUCUUGCUCUAUAUUCCAAAUUUGUGGACGUGACAAUUAAUCUAGGCUUAAUACUUUAGACAACACGGAUACAGAAACAAUUUCCGCUUUCCGUUUUCGUCUUUAUUGACUCCUUAGUUGUCUCUGCUUUACAAGACGCCAGUAGCUAUGCGAUUCCCUGCCAAUGUAACCUCGAGUUGCAUUUGGGUUGCGAUACCUGUUGACUGAGUUAUUUUACAUUGGUAUCCCUGUGGCGCGGACGGAUGGUCGAGCGAGCGGACGUAUGGUCACGUGGUUACCAAAUUUUCUCGGAUGGGUAGAUUACUUCAUUUUCUCGCGCGCGAGAGUUCCGCUAAAAGUUAUGUUUCAAUAACUUUGUCAUAAGUCAAACUACAAAAGAAAACUCGACGAGAUUUUUACUGGUGCAACUCCAUUUGAUGCUUCUAACUGGCUAUUUGGUAACUUUUCGCCAAGACAAACGCAAGUAAGUUUCUUGCUUUGGACUCCCUUGCAAAAUCUCCCCUAUCUCUCCCGGAGAGUUUGUACGGGCGGCCGUUCAAAAGCUUACGUAAUAUUCAAUUUUUUCGCAUAGGUGGGUUUCCAAUGACCCUUAUGCAUGCUUCCGUCAAACGAGCAAAAUCCUCGAAUUCACAUUGCAAAAUUUCGAAGUUUUGCGUACAUGAAUCGCCAAGACGGUAGAGUUAAACUAAAAAGAACAACCAGGCUUGGUGGUGCAAAUUUGCUGUGACUGAUCAAUUCAAUUUCAAGCUCGUGAAUUGUAACGAAGUUGCUUAAAAAUUGUCAGGUCAAUGCCAGCAAAUAAGUCCUCCGGGAUUGAGAAAAUUCCAGUGCGUACAAUCAAAGAUAGCCUUCCUGCUACCCUCCCGAUGAUCACAGCUUAAUUAACGCGUCUUUCACUCGAGGAAUUUUUCCUCGCUCUUGGAAAUUAGCUGAGGUAGGUGUCGCCUAUUCUUAAAGAUGGUAAUCACGAAGAACCUACCAUCAACCGGCCUAUCUCUCUCCUGCCCCUUCUUUCGAAAGAAUGCGAAAGGGUUGCGCUUGAUCAAGUUAUGCCUUAACUACUAGGCACCUAGGUAUCAAAUGGAAGGUUAUCUACACGACAAAGUGGUAAUAAGAAAUUGCACUCCACGGCAACCAGCUCCUUAAUACGAACAACUAAUGCGAUUGAUGGAAUGAAAAUUAGCGCUGUUGUUUUACGCGACAUAGUUAAGGUUUGGAUACAAUAAAUCAUGGCAUUUUGCUCAAUAAACCACUGGAUAUUGAAGCCUCGCCUUCAUCAAGAGUUACUUGGUUUCGCCAGCUAUCUAUCCAACGGACGACAAGUUGUGCGCCUAAAUUUCUAGUUGUCUGAUCCUUCACCCAUCAGGAGUGCCACAAGAAAGCAUUCAUGGACCCAUUUUAUUUAGUAUUUAUGUAAACGACUUAACACAUGCCCUCGGUCCUGAACGAAGUUUCGUGGAUGACACUAAGCUUUACAUUUCCUUCCUAGCCCACUGGGCUGGUGAUUUGAAUGUUGACCUCCCACAUAUUCGAGAUUGGUGCUUCGAAAGUCGUCUCCUCCUGAAUCCUGAUAAAACUAAACUUAUUGCUUAUGGAAGUCUGCAUUGAUAAUUGUUUAUGGAAGUCUCCCGGGUAUCCAUCUCUCUCUUUUAGGAAAAGAAGUAUUACCGGCGCACGUCGUUGAAGACCUAGGCGUGACUUUUGACCCGCGUCUUACUUUUCGCGUGCAUAUCGUUAAAACAGUUUCUUUCUGCUUUCUAAGUUUAGCUCAAAUCAAUCGUGUUAAGCACGUGUUUAACAGAUCGACUUUAACCACAAUAAUUAACGCUUUGUGUUUAGUAAGUCGUUUUAUUGCUCUUCCGUCUGGUCCAAUGCAGCGGACACUCAUUUCCUCAAGCUCCAAGCGGUCCAGAACUUUGCAGCCCGGGUCAUCUGUGGUUCCAGUUAAUUUGACCAUGUUACUCCGCUGCUGAAAGAACUGUACUGGCUCCCUGUUAAAUCACAGUUAUAUCCCUGUGAAGCUGUGCUUACUUUCAAGUGUAUGACUGGCUCCACUCCCACUUACCUCUCAUCGAAGUUUCUAACAUGUGGUGAAGUAACGGUCACAUGUCUAGAAGCUCACAACUUUUACAAAUCCCCUUAUUUAAAUCGAGAUCUGGACAAAGGACAUUCUAUUACCGUAUAGUAAGUGUAAACUUGAAGGGCCAAUUUAUUCGCCGCUUUUCUUUCUUGUCGAUCGGUCUUAAUCUUAGGGUCUAUUUCAAUUUUGCGUCACAAACUUCCCCAUUCAUUUUCUAAUAAUAGCGCCUUUCUCUUAGAGACCAAAGCCCUUUACAUUACUAAUAGUAAUAAACCUACUAAAAUAUAUUAGAAUGACUUAAUUGUUUACAAAACAUGAAAAACAACGAAUAGCUCGCUUAAAAAGAAAUGUUUUGAUUUUUGAUUUAAAAACGCUCAGCUCACAACAUGUGCGUAAACUGACUGGCAUGGAAUUCCGCAUCUUUUAUAUAAAGCUUUUAUCUUGUAAUUCUAGCGCCUAUUUUUUAGCGUUUUCAUUCUUUUUAUACAAAACUAUUGUAUCUUUGUAAUUUUUAGAUUUACUAUCGGUUUGACCUACCAUCUUGUGAAUUAAUUAUUAUUGUCACUGAAAAGCUCCCUCUUUGGGAGUGUCAUUACAGUUUGUAUUGUAUUGUAUGGUAUCAUACAUAAGGCCCAUUUCUAUAGCAGUGGAGACUGGUACGUGAGUGCAUGACGAUCAUGGCCCUCAUAUUAGCUAACUUGAAAUUGCGCACACAAUUGCAAUUUGCAUAUUUGGCGGGAAAUCAUAUAGUGGGUUAUUUACCGGUUUAACAACUAACAAAAUCAAAAAAGGUUUGUGAAAACAUCUUUUUAUCAUUAGCUCUCACACUAAACCUCAUAUCCAAUUUGAGUAAGCGCCAGUUAAUUAUAAAAAGUCGGCGGAGGACCAUAUAUAGCCUAUUGAGCACUUAGAAAAGAGAAAUACUUUGAAUAGAUAGUGUAAAUAUUCGCCUACAACCUAAUAAAAUCAUGGACAUACCCGCUAUUGAUGCGUAGGCGCGAAGGUUUUCUCUGUUUGGGUAGCUAUAUAAAAACUCUAUUGCAAUCAAAUGUUAAACGAUUAACAACAACAACAAAAAAAUCCUAUAAGGUAUUAUUAUUUUUUUCUGCAACUGCUCUUCCUUUUGAGAUUGAAACUGGAAGGUUUAGUACUUGAGACAUUUCAAAUAUGUUUAGAGUGCAAUCUAAACAAAAGAUUUGAAAAUUUAACAGACAUUGCCGUGUACCGUAAUCAGUUUCUAAUACUGUAUUACCUGAUGAUUUAAUGGGUACGUUUCAUUGAGCAAGACGCCCCCGUAGACUGUGAACAAUUAUUUUCAUCUAGAAGUUUUAUCCAUAGAUAGUAGAGGAGACUGGUAAGGAAAGCCGGCAAACAUCAAAGUUGAAAACAAUGGUGCUGUAGAUUAUGUUGGAAGCUCUCUGACCCUACACAAUUCUUUGUUUUUUGUUCACAAUUUGUGACUGAAUAAAUUAAUACCAUGUUUCUAUUGGUAAGUAAGUUCAAAAUGAUAGGAAUGCUAUUGAACGUUGUGCACAGUCAGGUUCAAAAAGCUAACAAAAACCUAUAACAAAGGGUUUCGCAACCAUUUCACUUUAAUUAACUAUGUUUUUUCUUAGAAAUUGAAUGGUAAACUCACUUUUGGUUCUGAGUUUGUAUCCUUUUGUCUGUUUGAGGCCUUCUGGGCUGGUUUGGCAAUCCUGUUGAAAAUUCCGUAUCAUGUUGUCAACUUAUGAUUUUUCAGACCUAAUUGCCGUGCCUGGCUUUGGAACAGGUGCUGUAGAAAACUGGGGAAUGAUCGAAUUUUCUGCUCCGAGGAUUCUCUUCGAUCCUAAUACGACAUCGGAUGCUUUUCAACAAAAAGUGUGUGUGACUGUCACACACGAAUUAUCACACCAGGUAUGGGGAGAAUCCCAAGUGAUUGUCUGACAUGUGCUAAUUAUGAUUUGACACAGCGCUUCAGUUAUCCCCUGUCAAUAGUAUUAGUUGACACUACAGUUGCCCCCUCUCUGUAUGUUGUUGGUCAAUAGUAUUCUUGGGCACUGUUCACACUUAUCCGGAUAUUUUUGAAUCCGCGAAAUUUUUCUUUGCGGAUUUAGGCUGCGUAGCAUGCGUUUCCGGUAAUUUUCGAGACAAAGAAAGACCGAGGAGCGGGAUUUUGGGUUUUGGCUGCGCGAGAAAUGAAACGAGAGCCAAAAAAAUGAAAGAGGGGGUGGGGGAGGGAAAGGAAGGAAACUUCUUCAGCACCCCAUCCCCCAUUGCGCCAUUUUUCGCGCGGUCUUCGUCUCUCGUUUCUCGUUCUUUGCUCCGAAACCGAACGGAAACGCUCGCUAUACGCAGGCUAUUGCGGAUUCGGCUUCCGUCCAAACAAAUGCUAUUUUUGUGACAGCAGAGAUAGACCCAUACAUUUACAUUGUACCUACAGUCACCAAGAUUUAAGGCCGUAUGGCAUGCGGGACGUCGGUACAGUAUUUCAUGCCUAGGGAGGUGAAAAAGAAAGAUUCAAGAUCGUUCUUUCCCCUUCUUAAGUUGCCAGAUUGUUAACUCACAAUAAAUGCCAUAGCUCGUUCAUAUAAUACCGAGUAUUUUUGUGGUGCUAUAUAUAAUUCUUUGGUCCUACGGUAGGAACUCAUUGGUCCAGUUACACAUUCUAGAUUUUCACAGUGAGGUGAAAAUCAAUUUUCAGGAUAAAAUUCUUAGCACCGCCUUCAAAGUUCAAUGCGUUUAUACUUUGAGUCAAAAUACGUGCCUGGCGAAAUAUCCCUCGUUUAAAAAAUUAAUAAUAUUUGACCGUGGAGUUUUCUCCGUUAGGUUAAAUUAGUGGGUAAGCAGUUAUCGAGUAUUUUUUUUUUCGGAUCAUGAAUAAAAUCGCAAACCUUUAAAAUUAAGUACUAAAUGGUAGUUUUCGUUCUUCAUAAUUGGAUCCUCCCUGUCGAAUUUUUUCUAAGUUUUCACGCACUAGGCGUAAUUGACAUUAUAUUACCAGUUUUGGAGGAAUCUCAGUAGUUAUUCAAUAUAAGUAUAUCUUAGUUUUAUUGAUUUUUCAGUGGUUUGGAAAUCUCGUCACCAUGAAAUGGUGGAAUGAUCUUUGGCUUAACGAAGGCUUUGCAAAUUAUUUGGAGAGUAUAGGGACGACCCUUGUUGAGCCACUCUGGAACACUAUGGACCAGUUUAUCCUUACGGAGCUUUACGUUGCUUUCAACUAUGAUCAGUCAAGUUUCUCGCAUCCUGUGUCAGUGGAGGUGGAAGAUCCUAAGCAAAUAAAAAACAUCUUUGAUGCUUUAUCAUACGGAAAGGUUUGCAAUUGAGCAAUAAAUAAUUCAGUGUAGCCAAUCAAACCUUUGUGUAAUAACUGAUCAUGAUAUCCCUCUUAUUGACCGAGUUCUCGGUCCGGACAGUAAAUUAAUUACGGACCGAGCUUUUUUUCCAUUGAUUUGUGGCCCAAGAGCGAAGCGUGCGGGCCAUAAAUCAUUGGCUGUUUGGGCUAACUGGAAACAAGUGCAGGGCGCUCAAUGUGACAGUCAUUUGACUGGCAUAAAAAAAAGUUUUUUAUUGGCUUACGAAAACAAUAGCACAUUACAAAGGCUUUCCAUGAAAGUAAAAUCNAAUCAAACCUUUGUGUAAUAACUGAUCAUGAUAUCCCUCUUAUUGACCGAGUUCUCGGUCCGGACAGUAAAUUAAUUACGGACCGAGUUUUUUUUCCAUUGAUUUGUGGCCCAAGAGCGAAGCGUGCGGGCCAUAAAUCAUUGGCUGUUUGGGCUAACUGGAAACAAGUGCAGGGCGCUCAAUGUGACAGUCAUUUGACUGGCAUAAAAAAAAGUUUUUUAUUGGCUUACGAAAACAAUAGCACAUUACAAAGGCUUUCCAUGAAAGUAAAAUCGGACUUGCAAAUGCGCCAUGUUGAAAGCGUUUAUUUGGUCAAAACUAAGAGCCGAGAAAGUGUUCUGAUUUUGUGAUUUCUUCAUAUUUAAAAAACAGUAAACUCACAUUAUAUUAGUUAAAAGGGAUGUAAAGUUCGGAACUAGUUGUGGGAGAGCGGUACCAUUUGUCAAUAGAAGGUAUACGAAAAGGGUACCUUUUUUGUGAAAAAUGGUACGCAUAAGGGUAAGGGGUUGAACUUCGGGUUGAAGCCUCCCCAUAUAAACCUUUCUCGAAUACCCCUCCCCCCUGACGUAAGUUAAAUCACCUCACUUUAAUUUUGGACGAAACCUGUAAAUUUCUACGUCAGUUGGCGAGAUUUUUACUAUUUGACAGCCUAUGUACUGUGUAUAUUCAAAUCGUUUGUUUAUAUCACAUUUUUAACUCUUCUUUAUUUCGAAAUGUACCUUUCCCGUCAGUUUAUUCGACUAAAGUUUAUCUUUUAAAUUAGAAGAUUAGGGCAUAUGGGAGGCUUUCCCUGCGAUACACAUUGGCCGUCGCCAGAUUUUCAGGAACUUUUGAGCGCCAGACGUUUUUCUUCUACCAUAGGGUGCCUCUAUAAUCCGGAUGAUGAGGAAAUUUCUUGGUUCUGAAGGAUUCUCUUCAGGUCUUCAGACAUACCUCAAGAAAUAUUCUUAUGGAAACGCUAACACUGAUGAUUUAUGGGAAUGCCUAACUCAAGUAAGACAGUAAUAGAGACGACAAGUCGUUACGUUACAUUGCCAUGAUAGCAAAGUUUCUGGCUGACAACAAACUGGAAACGUCACUUGAGUGAAUUCGCACUCUUUCAAACUUCAUCGAACUUAUUCAGUUUCAUUUAAUUUGUAAAAUAUGGCGAAAGUUACUAAAGUUACCCCCCGUACCGGUGGGGGGGGGGGGGUAACUUUAGAAACUGAAAAGAAAAAGAAAUAAAUUUUGGUGUUCUGUCACCUUCUCAAUAAAGCGAGCGCUUGGAAUUAGCAAUUUUCAUGUCGCAGUGGUGCAACAACGCCUAAGAAAUAUACAAAAAAGGCGUAAUGCGCGUGCAAAGUUGUUGCUUUGCUAAUACAAAUCUAUUGCUUUUUUGCGUUCGCCGUCGUCGUUGCUUAAGUUCCCUUUCGUUCUGAUCCAGAAAUUUUGCUACCAUGGUAACGUGACGUCACACUUUUUUCUUUGUGGGUCACCCAAAUAACACAGACUGAACCAUUGGCACUACGUAAAACCCUUAACCAAAACAUUUUCCUUGUGGUUGCAUACAAACCGAGUUUGAGUAUAAUUUGGCCGCCUUAACCCCUAGAAUCCCAAUAUCCACAAACAUUUUCUCUAGACUGACGUCCAUACGUCAUCUGGAGAAUUGGUUGUGAGAAUUUGUUUGAAAAUCUAAGUACCACUCAGUUGAUCAUCUACUCAUCUACUCUCAUCAGGGAAAAUAUAUUCUGAUUACAUAGCGAUAUCAUCAAUAGAAAAUACGUCACUCUUGGGGCUUAAAAAAAUAUAAAGGGUUAAAGAGAUUCAUUGUGGGGCCACGUAGCUCUCAGAAUCUGAUCUUUUCAUUGGCCUUUUAAAACACGCCUACUAGUGUUUUUACCGCCAGGGGCAAUGUUUAUUUCAUCCGUCUUUAUUAGUUUUAUAGGCGUAAUUAGUCCCCCCCCCCCCUCCCCCCUUUAGUCCUAAGAGCCGCCCGGGGUGCUUUUAAAUUUUUUAAAGUUCCUCCCACUAAUUUUUUAAGGAAAGGUAUGAAACUGUUAAACGGUUGGGUAAUAUUAUCUUAGGGGUCAAGGAGGGUUNUAAAAAAAUACCACAUUGUCACAACUUUCCAAUAAAACAUUGAUCUUUAUCCAUAGCAAACUGGCAUCAAUGUAAAAAGGGUGAUGGAUACCUGGACACGACAAAUGGGAUUACCGGUGGUCACCAUCACGCGCAUGGAUCAAGAGAAGGCGAGAGCAGAUCAAAAACUAUUCCUUAUCACCCCCGGUGCGAAGCCCAACCAGAGUUCUCCUUUUGAGUAAGUGACGUCAGGUUUGCUAAUCUAUGUGAUGAGUCAAGUUUUUAAGGGUCUAAUUUAAAGGAAUAAGAUUACUUUCAACGCAAAUACUGAAGAUCCAAUAAUCACUGCAAAAACAGGCCCAAAGUAUGUCACUUUGUAGCUCUGUGCUCUCAUAGGACUUUUAAAAUGAUGGGAAAGUUUUUCUUUAUGCAUGCCAAUCUUCUGUUUCCUUAAUUCAAUUUGCGCUAAAGUAUUUCUUUUAAAAUGACUUUCACUUUCUUAGUUACGCAUGGAAUAUACCUCUAACUUAUAUGACUCAGAAGAAGAAGGCUACAGUCCAAGUUUGGAUGAAUAGAGGGCCUGGUAAGAACUGCUUGAUUUAUUGAAUAUUUGUGCUUGUAUGCUCACAGCUAUAUGUAAUGCCUUCCCUUUCAUAGCGUUUUAAUUUCAAACUACGGCGUAAGGGGUCAUCUCAUUUUUUUUUUUCAAAAAAGUGUUAACCAAAAAGAAGUAGCUAAACAUGGCAAAUUGAAUUGUUCUACACUGAAGCUCUUUGGUCAUCCACACUAGGGGCAAACUUGCCGAACUUUCCUCAAGGAUACGCGAAGAUAUCUAAGGUAGUCAUGGGAAACUGAUUUCUGUGUGAUCAUGGCAAAAUCUCUGGGAACUUUUCUCCAAGUUUUGAUUAUCCUGUGCGGUGUUAAUGUGUCCAGUUUCCGAAAUUUUGCCAAUUUUUUGGAUUUUAAAACCAGGGUCUCCGCGUCAGAGAUUUUGAAACCCUCCAGUCCCAUUACUUUGUCUUACAGACAAGAACUAUUGAUUUAGUCCAAGUAAAAUGCCCUAACCUCAGGCGACCACUCUAAUAUCUAUGAAAAAAAAAUCCAGAUGAAUAGACAAACCAACCAAAAAAUAUAUAAAUGAAACGAAAACAGCCACUACUUAUUCCUCGAAAUCUAUUCUAGCUACACUAAACUGGGCCUCCUCUGACGGUUGGAUCAAAGCCAAUGUUGAUCAGAUUGGAUAUUACCGAGCAAACUACGAAACAGAGAACUGGAAGUCUCUUUACCUUCAGUUACAAUUUGACCAUAAAGUAAGGGCAUAUAUACACCCAUCAGGCAGGUUUAUGGGAAACUCUUGUCAAUUCAGACUCUGAAUAUUUUUUUAGGAAUAUAUUGACAUUUUUAAUAACUAUUUGUCUCACUGACGAAAAAAAGAGUUGUCCUAAGUCUCUAGAUGUCUAAAGGUUUCUUGAAAAUCUGGACCUAAAAAAGGAGAUAUAUAAGGUGAUAAAUUACGGAACAGCUAGAAUAAAUGAACCAAAACUAGGAACAGUCGAACCUAUAUUAACCGGCAAAAUACCGCAGUCCUGGUGACAAAGUUGUCAGUACAGCACAUAAAACAAAACCUCUAUUAAGUAUUCAACUUUUAUUGAGCUGCCUGCAACUUGCGCAGUCACCUUGCUACUUUGCUAGAGAGCUUAAGAUACAGCGAGGCCGCAAGAAAAACAGCAUGGUUACAUCAGUGUACAUCAUUUAAAAGUACGCUAAUUCGUCAUUUGCACAUACUCCUAUAAUACACCUUGUAUGUAAAGACUAUAAUAUACCCGGAAAAAUUAAAAGCCAACUAACAGUUUAAGGUUAUGCAGUUCAAAAUUUUCCGGGGAAGGGAGAGGGGAGAAAAACAACUGAGACAGAAGGUGUAUUAUGGAAGAUGCACAAAUCAGGGGAAUUUCCCUCUGCCAGGGUCAAUUAUUCUGAGUCGUUUGCUCUCCACCAGGGUCUUUAAUUUUAGCAACAUGUGAUAAUUUAACUUCAAAGAGCCAUUACUCACGAGUUUAUAACUUUUUUUGAGGCCUUGAGGGCCACGGACCGGUCAGGAUUGAUGGAUGAUGCUUUUCAUUUGGCAAGGUAACGCAUGUUGUUGUUACAAUUGCUGAAGAUACAAAUUUAUUUAAAGCCAUGCAUUUCUUCAACAUCUCCCUUUUCUCACGGCUUCUAUUUUUAUUGCCUCAUUUUGUUCCCUCACUUUUUCUCCUUCGUUAAUUGCAUUUUUAGCUGUACUGACUUUUUUUCUUCGGUAUCUCUAUCUAGGAGCAAUCUGCUGGAUCAAACUAUCGCUUUGGAUUUGACAAAGUACAUUAUUCACGAAACAGAUUAUGUCCCAUUGAAAACAUUCAUACAAAAUAUGCUUUACAUCGGCAACAAUUUAGCACUGCGAAAAUCUUACGGAUUGUUCAAGGUAAAGAUGUGAAUUUUUUAGGUUUAAGUAGUUAAUUAUAGUAAAUUGCUCCCUUAUCCACUUACUCAAACCAACUUGUUAGGUUGAUAUUUCCGGGUAGUUAAUUGUCGUUAAUUAACCAAUUAGAAAAGAUUCAGACUAGUGUCGAUUUUGUAAACAAUCAUGUAACUUUAAUGAAUCAUGGGCUGAAAUGUUCUAAAAACUAUGGUCAUAAAAUUCAUUUGAGAUUAUUUAUUCAUUUAAAGCACAAAAAUUGGACGUUUUCUGCCAACAUGCCUGUAAAGCCCUUCUCAUAUUAGUCCUGAUAGAUCAGUCUAAAAUUGCCGAAAUCCCAAUUAUGAACUUAGUUAGAAAAACAGUGUUUUUCUCUAACAAAUUCAUAUGUUUAGUCCCCGUCGUAUUUUUUUAUAUAUAUUUCAAGAGAAUAUUAUGGAACAGAGAGGGAAUCUUAGAGCACUGGCUGGGAUAUGAGAUUUCACUCAAGUUUUUUUUAGAGGUUGUAAUUAAACGGGUCUAAAUCCUGAAAACGUCCGCAAACUUUAAUAAAGUCCAGAGAUCGAUCAACUCCUCAAAGUAAAAAAUGCAGAAUAUUUGUAACUUUGGUGAAUUUCACAUUUCCCCAAGUAAGGCUUGACGCUUCCCUUUCAGUUUCCCAUUCUUCAUUAAUUAAGGUACGGUAAAACGGGCAGCAAAAAAACUUGCAACUUGUUUUGUAUCAUGGCUGCAAAACGAGUUGAAUAGCGAUGUUGUGCGUUCUACCACCCACGUUGGAACCUGCCUGCAACAAAUAAUUAAGGUUACAAGUGUAAAACAAGCGACAUCCCUAUUCAACUCGUUUUGCAGCAAUGUUGCUAAACAAGUCACUCUUGCACGUUAUUUGUUGCCCGUUUUACUGUAGCUUUAAUGGGUUCGGAAAAUUGAGCCCCUUUAUAAUAAGGUGAGUAAUACUAGGUGUUGCUUCUUGUUGCCUCAGAGGUACAUGUUGCAGCAGCUUGCUCCAGCUAUUAAGCGACUGGGAUGGGAAGAUAACGGAUCUCACUUGGAUAAGUAAGAAAAGGAACAAACCCUUUCACUCCAUUAAUACAAAUGUGAUUUCUGAAUUAUGUAUAGUCUAAGAAAACACAUUUUAAGCACAAUGUUAACCAAUCAGAAGCACUACCCAGAUCUGGGUAGUGACACGUCAUCAGUAUGGAAUUUCUGCGCUCGUUUCUCAGACGUCAUCUGGCGGGAAAACCAGUGGUAGGGUCGCGAAUUGUUUCCUGUUUCCUUAGGCUAAGUUAUGUACCGACUGAGAAAAUUGACCGCAUGCGUUUUUUCAUACUGCCAUGUAUCUGUGUAUGAAUUGUACUUACAAACUUACAUAUCUUUUUGCUGUUGCGUGAGCUUCCAGAAAAACACAAAUUAAGGUGGCUAGACAGUUUUUUUAGGGUGGAUACCUCUUAAAUUUGAGUAUUUACCUCAUCGGCAUUAACAAAGAUAUCAGAAAAAGGAUACCACAGCCGUAUUAUAUGAAGAUGAAAAUUUGUUGUGAUCCAUUUUUCACUGACAUCAGAGUUGCUAUAUCGACACGCCAUUAAGUUUUUUCUUGCCUUGGUAUUUCUUGCUACCAUGCGGGAGUUUUAUUAAAAAUCGCCUAACGGAGCUUUCACCUCCCUUAGUUGCCUCGAUUAUAGCAACGUUUAAACAAACUCUGUGAGAGGGUCUUGAAAAUAUUUUGAAAAACAGUGAAUAAACAUGCUAUCGACAUAAUUGGCUAAUAUCUAAAUAAAAAGAUGAGGCAUGGAAAUGCGGUUUCAUCUCACAGUGGUUUUAUUCCAUUUGAAACUGUAUACCAUACGAAAAAAGGCGAGUUUUGCUUCGGCCGAUUGCGAGAAAGAAGAAUUUGAUUAGCGUGUGUUCGGCUGCUUUCUUUACCAUUUUUCUAUUUAAUUUGGUCCAUUCCUACAAAUGUCACGAUAAUUUUAUAAACCGCUUCAUAAAUUUUUUUAAAAGCGUGACAAUCCCGAGAGUAGGUCCGCAAUUUAUAUUGCCUUCAAGUUUCAAUCACAUUGAAGGAAGGAAGGCCAUUAAAUGGGACUUCAGAUGUCAUAAUUUUCCCCACCCCCAAAGAUUUGGUGGGUAAAAGAGAGCGUCCUCAUUAUUCACUAAAAAUAUUGUUUUCAAGUUACAUAUUCACAUGCACAACUUUAAGCAAAAAAACUAAUUUUCAUUCCAAGGCUUUGGUUAUUACUGUUCCCAAAAAUAUAGAGCUGUACUUAUGUGGAUUCACCUGUGAGUGCUAUAAUAAAUGCUUAUCUAUUACUUAUUUGGCUUUUAUUUCAUUUUUCGUUUUCUACAGGCAGCGUCAUUGUCGUAGGGUCAUUUUAAAUUAAUUGAUAUUCUUGCUAUAAUUGCUUUGCAGACUUCUGCGGCCAUACAUUCUUUCCACGGCUUGUUAUUGUUCAGACAAAGCAGUGAUAGCCAAGGUCAAGGAGAUGUUUCAACUCGCAAUGGAGGGUCACUUGUACGUAUAAAAACACUAACAAUUGCGCCAUGUAAGGGAAUCCGGAUUGAAAAUUCUCGCCUUUCGCGCUCAUGUUUUUAACCCUUGAUAAAUAACUGUUGCUCGCGUUUUAACCAUUACUUUACUUAUGCUCUGUUAAUAGAUAACCAGGGAUGAGACGAAACAGGGCUGUGAACAUCCUGGCCCUGAGCUUCAGUUAUUACGUUUUUUUUUGCAGCAUUGCAUCAAAUCUCCGUUCCCUAGUUUAUUCAAUGGGCGUGCGUGAAGGUGGUGUGAAGGAAUGGAAUCAAGUUUAUGACAAGUAUAAGUCGACAAAUAUUGCUUCAGAAAAGGCGAUUCUUUUGACUUCCCUUACAUGCACCAGGAAUCCUCAAAUGAUUGAAAAGUAAGGCUUUAUUGUAAACACUUGAAGAAAUUAUUUUUGGAAAGAAAUUUUGGAUUUUCUAAUUGAACACAAUCACAAGAACGGGUCUCACCACUCUCAAAUCAGUGUUCCUGCGAGAUGCAUUUUAUAAAAAAGAUAGUGACACGAAAUUCAUUUAUGGAUUUCACUUUCUUUUCGAAAGCUGUUAAAUUUAAAAAAAUAGACAACAGCUUUCUAUGGUCUAUUCUUUUAUCAUCAUUUCUAGUAAAGAUAAUAACAAUAAUAACAAUUCAUUCAAACUUGAGGGGAAAAGGAAUUAUACUCAAAUAAAAACAACAACAACGCGAAAAGAAAUUUAAAAAAAGAAGAAAAAAGGUACAGUGCUAAAAACAAGAAGAAAGAAAAGGAAAAAAUACAAAACAAAAAAACGAACAAACAGACAAAAAAAAAAAAAACGAGUAGCGUACUUAAACCGUACAUCGAGGCAGUAACACUACCUUCUAAGUUACAAAAAAAAGUGUUUGGUGCAAAGAUACUUAAAAUAUCAGAUAGCGUUUUCUAGCGGCAGCUUAUAGAUUUAAAAAAAAAUGUUAAAGAAGUUUUUUCCUCGUCAUACACUUAUGACCUAUUCCGAAUUUAGAAUCAUUUUUCUUCCUUUCAUUUUAAAUCCUCGAUGCCAUCUCAGCACUCAUGUACGAGACGUUGCCAUGACAGUUUUGUAACCUCAAAUGUGAAAUUACAAGUUGACGCUUAAAUUUCGCGCCAAAAUGAAGGAGUAAUGCCACCAAUGAUACAAGUGAACAAAUCGAUUUGACAAUAUCAUAUUCGCUCCGUUUUUCCAACAGAUCAUUAUCGGCCUUUAAUAACUUUACAGAAAAGGUGGAGACGAGAGAAGAACUUCUUAACAAAAUUACAACAGAGAACCUCGACCAUACCAAGAGGCUUACUCUGAAAGAAAAAAACAUAAGUUCAUGGAUAUAGAUGAAGCCCAACGAUAGAAAUCGAAGAAAUCCUAAGGCAUUUCAUUCGAUAAGACUUGUCGAACGUUUCUCCCAAGCGUUUCCCAAGAACUUCACUUAAUCAAAGUAGAUUGAAUGAUCCUUAAAAAAUUUUCAAAACUGCGAGUGCAUUUUUUCCUGUAGCGAUGACACACUAGCUAUGCCAUCUUUUGCGAAGAUUUCGCUAAGAACUCUUUUUCUCUCAUGUGUUUCUCCGUUUUUCUUGCUUGUAAACAGCUAAACUUCACUUGCUUAAUCCGAAAUAAUCUCGCAAACAUUUUUAAAACCGCGCGCCUAUCAGGGCGCGCGUAGCUUAUCUUGUUUUGUUUAAAACAUGUAUAAAGGACAUAGAAAUAUUAUGAAAAAACCAACAAUAAAACAAUCACUGAAUGCCGCUUUCGUAUGAUGUGAAGAAUUAUGCAGAUCUCGGAGGCUGUUAUCCACCUUCGCCUCUCCUCGAUCUGCAUAAUUUUUUUCAUCAUACUGUUGAAUCGACUAAUGCCCCAGACCUACCCUGGCUCCAGAGGUCCGUUCUCAAACUCGUUGACGCGGCUUAGCCGCGAACGAUCAGUAUCGAUAAGAAAAAAAUAUCGUCUGGAACCCAGGGUACCCUAGACCCAUCUGCGCCCGAGAAUCGCGCAGUUAUUGUAAAAUUUUCUCUGGAUGUCCCAGUGGAAAGCAUUAUUUACCGGAUGUCUACUUUAAUUUCUUAAACUCCAUCUAGUUUAAUCACUGUUAAUGAAUGUUUAGAUAAUGUCUUAAAUAUUUCGAAUUUGCAUGGCGUUUAAAUCGGUCUUAAUUUAUCAUCUUAUUAUUCUCUUUCGACGAUCAGUCUUUUUUUAUUCUUUUUAUCUCAAGCUUAUUUUGAAAUGUCUCUUGGUCACUUUGUAUCUAGGACUCUAAAUUAUUCACUGGAUAAGGACAAAAUUGGUUCUCAGAAAACUCUCAUGGUAAUAUCACACUUUGCCUCUAAACCUGAAGCAUGGCGGAUGGCCUGGGACUUUGUGCUUCGUAAUUGGAACUAUCUUUACAAAAGGUAUAAAUUGUAUUAAACAUAUUUGUAAUGUACCAGGAAUUUGUAGUUUGUAAUGUAGCAGGAAAUUGCAUAACGAACGCAGAGAACUCAACAAUAUUUUACUUCAAGUCUGUAAGCACAUGGCAAGAAGAGCCUACUGCGCAUGUACGAAGCGCAUAAGGAUUCAUGGGAUAUGACAAUAUUACCGCCGGUUUGCCUUUGACCUAAUCAUAAAUUUAGAUUAGUGAUCAGUACUUUCUGAAUUCUCAGUUUGAUGAUACGAAAAGACACUUGUGUUUUCUACAUUUCACUUCGAUAAUUCGGUUAUUUUUUUGGUAGUGCGCUUGUGACCUUUUAAAACCAUUCAGGUCACUCGAGAAAGAGUCACUCUGGUUAUUAAAAGAACACGAAGACAGAGAUUUUGAGCUUUUGCUAUCUGAAUACUUCAUAUAUUGGAAUACGUAUCUGGGUGUCGAUCGAUGUUGAAUACGCUCUUUUAAUGAGUAAUCUCAGUCGGUGAUACAUGUUGUUCUUAGCCUCCAGUCACUUGAAACAGAACACCACCAUGGCGACUCACUACGGCAUGAAAAUGCACACUGAUCUUAUCUCGACGAGUCUUCAUAUUAACUUAUUUUAUCGCUGUAAUUCUUGUCUUCAUGAGUUUAUUGGUUCCUUCUUUGAUCGUUGAUAGUGUGAAAUGAAAAACCAGUGAUACAAAGUAGACUCAGUUCUAUGACUCAUGAAAACUAUCGUCCACACCAGUGAAUACCUGAUCAUGUGCACCUGUUUCGUACAGCCCCUAAACUGAGUGACAAUUAGUGCCAUGCACAGUUUUUAUUAAAGCUAGUGACGUGACAUGUGGCACUAUAAAUGUUGUUGUAUCUGAUCAGUUCCAAUGACCCUUUGUACAAUAUCUUUGUCUUCCUCUCAGGUACGGGACCGGAAAUGGCUGGUCAAUCUUGAUUACCUCCUUGAUGACCAAUUGCAACACAAAAACCCAACUUGAUGAGGUAAGAUCAGUAUUCUAGCUUAAAACGUCAAUAUUAAUUUGAGUAGCCCAAUUUAUCAUCUCUCUGCCAAUGUCUUAUUAAAGUUCAUUUUAAGGUGUCACCUUUCUAUUAUUGAUAGAAUAUUGACUGCACAGAUUAUGCGAUCUCUCUAAAAAGUCAAAAGCAUUGCAGUCUCUGGACUCUCCAAGUGGCGAGCAGCAAAAGUGCGGCCGUAGACACCCCCUCAACUUUACUAACAUUUUCAGAAGGUUAAGUUGAGAACUUUUUACGAAUUUCACCGGUGUUCUAGCUCUACCCAUGCACGUAGCUUGAGAGGGAUGGUGAGGACUGCUGACCAUUGUUAUGCAAUUAUGUGAUAUAAGAUUGUUCCCCUGAAGUAAAAGCACAACGGAAGCUAUGUUUAAAAAUUUUACUCCUUCAAUGUUUUUAUGUCUUCAGUUAAUGGAAUUUUUCAAGGGCUACUCCUCUACUGCUCUUGGGUAUCGUCAGGUUCAGAUGGGAAUGGAACAGAUUCGUGCCAAUAUCAUGUGGCUUAGUGAACAUGAGGAAGAAGUGGCCGCUUGGUUUGAACAAAUCUUUUAA